AUGGCUAUAAAAUUACUAAUAGACAACCCUAAACAAGUCAAACCAAUAAAACUGUAUUUAGAAGAUCAUAAUUGGUUGAAUAAAUCUUUUAAAAUUCAAAAAAAGAAUGAUAUAUUCCAUAUUUUCACAAACUUGAAUGAAAUCCCAUCGCAAUUAUCACAGUAUAAUCAUGAAACUUAUGAACAAGAAGAUGAUGGAGAUUUAAACACUAAAAAUAAAACUACCACAUUAACAUUAGCAUCGAUAAUCACAGAUUAUUGCCACGCAAACAAUAUAGAAAACAUAGAGAUCCCUAAACGAUGGUCUAUUUACCCACCAAUGAUACUAUUCAAUUCCACAGGCUCAACAUCGGAGUCAAACGGACACCCCACCUCAGAUACAAUAUUCAACCCACAACACCAAAAGUUAUGGGAAAACGUAUUAUCUAAUCAGAAAUCAAUAUUUGGAACUUCAGAAAUUACUCAUAUAGCGUUGAAUAAACCUAUAAUUGAAUCCGAUAUAAUGAGACGUCCCCAUAAUUUAAUCCCCAUUAUAGGCGAUUUUGGACCCGAUAUAUCAAUAGACAAUAAACCACCUUCUCCUACAGAAUCAGAUUUUAAUCGAGCAUUUUGGUGUCAUGUUAUACAAAAUGGAAUUUAUCAAACUUGGGCACCUAAAUAUACCAUGUUUUCUCGAGGUAAUAUUAAAGAAAAAAAACGAGUUUUGGAUUGGUUUAAAAAUCUUGAUCAAACGAUUGUUUUUGAUUUUUAUUGUGGGAUUGGAUAUUUUUCUUUAUCUUAUCUUAAAAAUGGAGGUAAAUUAUUAUGUUGGGAAUUGAAUCCUUGGUCAAUUGAAGGAUUUAGAAGAAGUUUAGAAAAAAUGAAAAUCAAUUAUAAAAUAUAUACUAGUGGUGAUAAAUUUAGUAUUAAUGAUUUGAAUCAAUUUGAUGCAUGUUUAUUUUUGGAAAGUAAUGAACAAAUAACUACAAGGGUGAUUGAUCAAGUUAAAGAUAAUAGUUUACCAAUUAGUCAUAUUAAUUUAGGGUUAUUACCCAGUUCUAAACAAUCAUGGACAUUAGCAAAUAAUUUAAUUGAUAAAUCAACCAUCAAUACUAAUGUCCAUAUACAUGAAAAUGUUCAUAUCGAUGAUUUUGAAAAAAUUAAAACUGAUGUUAAAAAAGUUUUUACAAAUGGGAAAGUUUUGCAUUUGGAGAAGGUGAAAACUUUUGCUCCCGAUAUUUGGCAUAUAGUAAUUGAUAUAGAAAAUAUUAAAAGUUGCUAA